AUGGACAGCUCUUCAACCCCCCUGGCAGAUUACUUCUGGAUUGCUGGUGUAGAGUCAGUAUCGUAUGACGACCCUGUUGCCACCAACACUCUCACCAAGAGUCUUCCGGUCGAGUCAACCAUUGCAGAAGAUGGAGAGCCUGACAACACCACCACGAAUGGGUACAAACAGACCGCUGCCCGUCAUUCGCGCCAAAAUUCUGCCAGCCGCCUUUCCAAAAUCUCAGUCGACGGUCGGUACUCGAUAGCCAGCACCCUCGAUGAGCUCGAUGGCAACACUCGCAGUAACAGGAGCAGUGCUACCAUAAAACCUGCCAAGCCUACAGCUCUCAAUGGGAAUGCCGCUGCUACGAAUGGAACUUCUCCCGAGGUUCUGAUCCAAGGCCCAACCCCGGGCCCUGGGCUUAUGGGCAUGCCCGACUUCGAUUUCGACAAGGCGCUUCUAAAAUUUGCCGCCGAGAGAGAAACCUUCCUCGAGGACCUUUCCUUUACUGCGGGAGCCAAGUUGCAAUCACGUCCGCCAAUGGUAAACCCGCGAGCCGAGAGGAUUCGCGCGGAUGAAGGUCUUCCAAGCGGCAGGAUGAGCCCGCUGAGGAGUCUCAAAGGCAGUAUUCGACGCAAGAUCAGUUUUAGGGAGAUGAAUAGCGUGCGCAAGGGACCUACUGUUGUUAGACAAGGUGCUUCUAGCAGAGCUGGUAAGAGAGCUAAUUCUCCCACGCGACCGUUUGUGUUUAACGUUUGGGACUCUGUUAUAACCCGCGAUUAUCCUGCGGGUUUCCAGCUAACUCUUCUUGCUCCAGCGUCGGUUCGCACCACAAAACGACUGAGCAACUACAACUCCGUAAUCCCUCAGCCAGAGCCACUGAAUACCGAUCCUGAUAUGCACCCAUUGAAGCGGCGAUUCGAACCCGUUUUGUUAGAUCGAUACCCACCAAAGAACGCCAAAGAGGAACUUGCCAAACGUGGAAAAUUCCCGGACUACGUACCCAUGUUCGCCUUUCCCAAUGAUAUCCAAAUUGUAUCCUCUGAUGAUCGGCCUCGUUCCACAUGGCACGGCUUUACAAUGACAGGAGAAGAUAAUUCCAAGCUUUACGGCAUAACCGUUAUUAUAUGGACAGCACUGACAGCAGAGAGAGCAGAGGAAGUGGAAACAAGAUGUGAGCAGUGGCGGCAGAAUCACAUGUCCAACGAGGAGAGAGAGUUGGCCGCAAGCUUGGGGGUUCGAUUGGCGGGUGAACGAUCACACCUCUCGCAGCUCCUUUCAAAGCUCCCCACGAUACCCUCUGGAUCACCGGCCCGGGACAGACUGGAAGAUGAGAUAAGCACGGUUGAGGAAAAGAUUGCUCUCAUGACGGAUAUGCUACGGCCGCUACGGCACGGGGCGGCCUCAAAAAUCGAAGGGCUUACGGCGGGCGAGAGCGGUCUGUGGAUUCCUCGAGCAUACGGUGUUCUUGGUAGGGAUGUGGCCUGUAUGGGCUUCUGGAAGGAGUGGCUUAGGUCAAUCGUUGUUCCCAUGACCGAUGGGGGUGUUCUUCGAGUGCCCCCCAGCUCCCCCAAAGUCGGACGUUGGCAGCCCUUGGAGCGUUAUGUGGUUAACCUUUGUACGGAAGCUUUCAGUCCCUUGGGAUCGAAAACGCAAGUGGAGCUUGGCGUCAGAGAACUGCGGCUCUACGCACGAAAAGAGGGAGCCAACGAGCUCCCUGGCUCCCGGACCAUUGAUCUAUAUGCGCUGUUUCGAUGUCUUUCUCUCGAAAAUGUCGUUGCAUUGUUCGAGUACGCCAUGUCCGAAUCUCGUAUCAUCUUUCUAUCUUCCCACACGAGCAUGUUGCAUCUGGCUUGCCAUGCUCUAGUGAACCUCCUUUAUCCUCUCCAGUGGGCUAGCAUCUUCAUCCCCGUCCUUCCAGCUAGACUCAUCUCCGCUCUCGAAGCCCCCUGCCCCUAUAUUGUUGGCGUUGAACGUCGGUAUGAACGGAUCGACCUGCCAGAUGACGACUAUGUUCUGGUUGACCUGGACAGAGACACGAUUGACGCCACCUCUCAGCCUCACCGCCUACCCAGACAACAUCGACGAAAGUUGAUGUCUCUCCUGCAGGUUGCCGCUCCUCACUCUCUUCGAUACGGUGUCGCUACCGGACCUCCGCCGUACGCUAUUGAAUCCUUCCCCUACGACUCCUUCUCUUCAGAGAAUGGCUCAGUUUUUACAUCCACGGCGGAACCAACGACCUUGGGCAAGUGGGUGUCACAGAAUUCGUCAAGCUUUGCAGACCGGACACCUCCCGAAGAAGUCCACCCGCCAGUAUUCAAUGCGUUUACCGUUUCGUCAGUCGACACCGGAAAGCUUGACCAUCGACCAAGUACGAGCAAAUCGUCCAAGACAAGCCCACAGUCCUCCGUAUCUCCUGCGUCUGCCAAUUUCCCUCCCAUGCCGACUACUCCCAUCUCUCGCAGCGACUCUGGCUUUGCCCUGACCGCUACUCUGCGAGAGAAGAGGUCCGGGCACUUUGGAGAAGAAAAGGGCCGUCGAAGCUCAUCUUUCGGAUUGGAUAAGUUCCAGCCCAUGCACAAACCGAGCCUGCCGCUGCUCAACGGUCAUCAGCCCAAUGCCUCCAUUUCAGGCUUCUCUGUUGUUUCAGAAUCAUCAUUUGGAGGAGGGUACGCGCCGUCUGCCUACGCCCAGUCUACCCUUGCCGCUUCCACCAUCAUGCCCUGCAUGCAAAUCCAACCGGUGCGAAACACCGAGACAACUGUCUGGGUCGAGGGUCAUUGCUUCAGUCUCAACACCAAAGAUUCUUCCUCAUCUUGCACCAUUUGCGAUGACAAAUCAGAGGGUGAUGGCUUCUACGAAUGCACUUCCUGCAAAACUGUAGCCCACGGCCGAUGCUUGGGACAAGUGUCACUUGUCUGUCCGGAAGCCUUCCACCCAGAUCGAGUAAGAGCGGCAUUUGUACGAUGCCUAGCCAGCUUGUUGUACACCUACCGCAAACACCUCGGCCGUCCAAACAAGCAGCAAAAGGCCAACGGGCAAAUAUACGCCUUUGACAUGGAUGGAUUCAUAAGGAGCCUGCCGUACGAUCAACAAGAGUACGCCACCAUGAUGCGCGACACGCAAGCCUUUAACGAAUUCAUUCACAGCCGCGAAACCACCGCAGCAACCGACCCCUCUAUACGGCUCUUCGACGAGAUCCUCAUGGCCAAGAAGGCCCGCGGCCGCCCCGGCCUCUCCUCCGGCCUCUCACGACUUUCCACCAUUCGCCAAUCCCACGGCGCAUCCGUGUCUGCAUUCAGCCUCGCGGCCGCGUCCCGUACAGCCUCCAGCAAGGCACCCGCCUACCUCACCAACACAUCCGACCACAUCUGGCGCACCGCCUCGGUCCCCUUGCCAAAGGGCAACUUCCCCGGCGAAUACCGCUCCGUAAUCUCACGCAUCCCGUCUUGUCUCGACAGAACGCUGAUGCGCGAGCCCCGGGCCAUUCAGGGCGUCCCGAGGAUGGAACAGCGCGGCACGAGGGCCUUUAUGCGGAAACAAGUUCCCAGCAUGCUGGGCACUACUCCUCCAUCAUGA